UCUUACACUGGCGUGGAAAGCGGCAUUUGCUUUGGAAAUUUUACAAUUUUUUUUCAAUAACCAAACAAUACGUUAAUUGGCCGGCGCAGCGCGCAAAGAUCGGUAGAAGCCCGUUACAACCAUUAUCCAUAUAGCAAAAUAGUGAAAUGAAUGUUCCUCCUAGCGUUGGCAAUGGAGGAGCCCCACCGGGAAGGGGUAUGGGCUAUACGCCGCCUAGUGCAAUUGUGCCGCAAUUUCCGCCGCCUGGAUUCGCGGCACCACCCCCUCCAGAGAUUGCCGCCGCCUUUGGCGUGAUGGCCACUAGCACGGAAUGGACGGAGCACAAGGCGCCGGAUGGAAGGCCAUACUACUACAACCAGAACACCAAACAGAGUUCGUGGGAAAAGCCAGAGGCCCUGAUGACGCCCGCCGAGUUGCUGCACAACCAGUGCCCCUGGAAGGAAUACCGCUCGGACACUGGUAAGGUGUACUACCACAACGUGGCCAGUAAAGAGACCUGCUGGGAGCCGCCGCCGGAGUACGUGGAUAUGAAAGCCAAGGCAAAGGCUGAGGAAGCUGCUGCUGCAGCCAAGGCCGUCGCCGCCAUGACCUCAUCCAGCUUAGCGGGCAUGGUGCCCCAUGCUGCUCUGGCCAACAUCCUGCCCGCCGCACUUCCUGCUGCCCCCAGGAUUCCUACCCCUGAAAUUCAUUCGCCUCUAACGCCGAGCAGCAACGAGAACUCUUCCUCCGCAAUGGACCAAGCUAUGGCAGCCACCUUGGCGUCCAUAGAGGUGCCUCAACAGAAUGCUAAGAAGGAUGAUAAGCCAGAUAGCACUGUGGUAUUUAAGGACAAACGCGAGGCCAUCGAGUCAUUCAAGGAGCUACUGCGAGACCGGAAUGUGCCCUCGAACGCCAACUGGGAUCAGUGUGUGAAGAUCAUCUCCAAGGAUCCACGAUACGCGGCCUUCAAGAAUCUAAAUGAGCGAAAGCAAACUUUUAAUGCCUACAAGACACAAAAGAUCAAAGAUGAGCGAGAGGAGUCGCGCCUAAAGGCCAAAAAGGCUAAAGAGGACCUGGAGCAGUUCCUCAUGUCAAGCGACAAGAUGAACUCGCAGAUGAAGUAUUUCCGAUGUGAAGAGGUAUUUGCCGGAACCCGGACUUGGACAGUGGUUCCGGAACCGGAUCGCCGAGACAUUUACGAGGACUGUAUUUUUAACUUAGCCAAGCGUGAGAAGGAAGAGGCGCGGUUGUUAAAGAAGCGCAACAUGAAAGUUUUGGGCGAACUGCUGGAGUCAAUGACUUCGAUCAACCAUGCCACCACUUGGUCCGAGGCUCAGGUAAUGCUGCUGGACAACGCUGCAUUUAAAAACGAUGUUACUCUGUUGGGAAUGGACAAGGAGGAUGCCCUUAUCGUCUUCGAGGAACACAUUCGUACCCUGGAGAAGGAGGAGGACGAGGAACGCGAGCGGGAAAAGAAGCGAAUGAAGCGGCAGCAACGCAAAAACAGGGACUCCUUUCUUGCGCUCCUUGAUUCUCUGCACGAAGAGGGAAAACUCACCUCAAUGUCGCUUUGGGUUGAGCUGUAUCCUAUCAUAUCCGCAGAUUUGAGAUUCUCAGCCAUGCUUGGCCAGAACGGGUCUACUCCUCUAGAUCUCUUUAAGUUCUAUGUGGAAAACUUAAAAGCCCGCUUCCAUGACGAAAAAAAAAUAAUACGGGAGAUCCUCAAGGAAAAAGUAUUUGUUGUUCAGGCAAAAACGUCCUUCGAGGACUUUGCUACAGUUGUGUGUGAGGAUAAGCGAUCGGCCAGCCUUGAUGCGGGCAAUGUGAAGCUCACCUACAACUCCUUGCUGGAAAAGGCAGAGGCCAUAGAAAAGGAGCGUAUGAAGGAGGAAGUGCGCCGUUUAAGGAAAUUGGAAAAUGAAAUCAAGAACGAGUGGCUGGAGACCAACGUUUCAGUGGCCGAACCAUAUGAGAGUGCUAAGAAGCUAGUCGAGCACUUAGAAGCAUUUGCAUUGUACGAAAAGGAAAUCGGCGUGGAAAAGAUUUGGGAGGACUUUAUUAAGGAAAGCGAAGAUGCAUGCAGUCAUCAUCACUCUCGGUCACGGAAAUCGAAGAAAAAUAAGAAGCACAAAAAACGAAUUCGGUCCACGUCGAGAUCGGACAUCGAGAACGAGCAGGUUGAAAUAGAGAAAUCCAAGCGCAGGCGCUCCAAGUCACGAUCGCAUUCUCUGAGCUCAAUCGGUAGUAUCGAGAGCGAAAAACUACUAAAGAAGAAAAAGAAGCGCAAGAACAAACUCCGUGGCUCUUCCUGCGAAUCGGAAAUACCAGGCAAUCAGUCCCCGGGCACCCAAGCACUCCUGCAGAACGAUUCCAACUCACAUUCACCGGCCAAGAAAAAGAAAAAGGAGAAGCGAGCCAAGAAGGACAAAGAGGGCAAGCGCCACAACCGGCACAACCGAUCCGGCACUCCUCUUAGCCCUACUCAGUCCAUAGAGUCGGCAGGAUCUCGAAAUGAGGAACUGACGUUAAGUGAUGGGGAGCUCGAGUCAAAACGAGCCGCUCUGCUGGCUCAACUAAGCGAGCAGCUAGAUGAGUGACCAGGGGACGGCCGCUGAUCCUAAGUCAACAUAGACAGCGUGUGGCACACUUUAGCUACAGAUAAUUGCGGGUCAGGAGAAGCAGCUAAUCUUGGACUCAGUUGCUGGACAAGUUCUCCCCAGUCCUUGCCCCCAUUGCACUCCGCUUUGUUUGUUAAAGGCAUUCUGGAACCAGCAAAAUCCACACAGCAAACCCCUAAUGUAAUUUCUUAGUCGCAAUAAGUUUCAAUGUAUAAAUGAGAAUUAAAACUAACAAGUCAAAUUUAAGUUAUUACGCAAAUGAUUGUAUCAAAAUAAACGAAAAUUAUCGUAA